AUGCCGACCAGCCACGUGUUGCCGGAAUCGACCGAGCUUCUGCAGGAUAUUGCAGAUGCCCUCUGGAAGGCGAAGAAGGUGCUGGUGGUGACCGGUGCCGGGAUCAGCACCAACUCGGGUAUUCCAGCCCAGUUCGACGCCGCAUCGAAAGAGUUCAACGAACCUGGAAUGGAAACGAUUGAGGACGACGAGACUGAGGCGACGAACAAACGGCAGAGGCGGUCUGAGGACCGGCAGGAUAGCAACGUGAAAGUUGAACAAGCAUUGGCAAUAAAAACCCCAUACGCGUCUACGACGAGUAGACGGCGAGGCAGGCCGCGUGGACGGAAGAGCCAAAAUGCCUCGCAGUCCGAACAAAACACGACAAACCGCACGCCACAGGAAGCGACUCAUGGCGAGGAGGGGUCCAUUGUGGUUCAGCUGCCGGCUCUCGACCCUAAGAAGCAUUCACAGUCGCAGAUGACACCGCAAAGAAGAGGCCGUGCUCACCCUGCAGCCGUCGGUGAUUCCAUUGAGUGUCUCGGUCCACUCCUGCAAAGCUCGUCACCACUCUCCUCCCCACCCUCGAUACUUUUCGACCCCUCCGAGGACUUUCAGUCCCACUUGGCGAGAUCGCCAGGCUCCUCGUCCAGCAACUCGUCAGUUGCUGCGUCUGCUUGUUCUUCAGAUGCAGAGUCAGAUUUUGAAGACACAGCCAGCUCCUCGCAGCCUACUCUCUCCAGCCAGUCAUCAUUUGCAAGCAACCGAAGCACUCUUCCCGUGAUGAAGGGCCGUGACUUAUUUGACGCCUCCAUUUGGGCCGAUCCCGUCAAGACCUCCGUUUUCUACACCUUUGCUACGACUCUCCGACAAAAAGUCAGAGAGGUUGUCCCGACCAGAAGCCACGAGUUCAUUUCACACCUCCGCAACACAAACAAACUUGUCCGCUGUUACACUCAGAACAUUGACGAGAUCGAGGAAAAGGUAGGCCUGUCGACGAGCCUCGGCCUGGGCCCGGGUAAGAAGGGCCGCUUCUCGACGCGCUCUGCGCGAACCUCAGCUGGAUCCACAAUAGCAAGCAAAGACGAAGAUUCCCAAGACUCCCUGACGGUCGGUAAGGAACAAGGGUCGCAAGAACCAACUAGCUCCCAGGAUUCUCAGGGGUCCGAAGACUCGAGCGCGUCUCAAUCACAGACCGACACAAAAGUUCCCAAGAAUGGAGACCCAUGUUUCCGUGGUGUGGAAUGCGUUUUUCUCCACGGCUCUCUUCGGCUAUUGCGCUGUUUUCGCUGCGGUCAAACGACACCGUGGGAUGAGGCGGGCCGCGAACUUGAGACCAUGUCCGGCCGCCAGCCGAGUUGUCCCAGGUGUGCAGGUGCCACGGCUGCCCGCGAGGGUCGUGGCAAGCGUGCGUUGGCUGUCGGAAAGCUUCGCCCAGACAUUGUCCUGUACGGCGAAGAGCACCCCAACGCACACCUGAUCUCUCCGAUCGUCCAGCACGACAUCUCUUUGACGCCCGAUAUGCUGCUGAUUCUUGGUACGAGCCUUAAGGUCCACGGCCUGAAGGUCUUGGUUCGCGAAUUCGCCAAGGCCGUCCAUAGUCGGGGCGGCAAGGUCGUCUUUGUCAACUUCACCAAGCCUCCCGAGAGCGUCUGGUCCGAUGUGAUUGACUACUGGGUACAGUGGGACUGCGAUGCAUGGGUGGACGACCUAAAACAAAAGAAGCCCAUAAUGUGGUUGCCACCUGGUUCUGUGGUUGACGAGCCGAAAAAGAAGCGGAAGAGCAUCUCUUCUGGUGCAACAAAAGGAAAGAGAAACAACGAAGGGACCCAAACAGACGUUUCAGCAGAGGCGACCACAACGUCAGACGACCAGCAAACAGACGGAUGUCGGGGAAGUGGAACGGACGGACAGAAAGAGAAGAAGAGGAGGGGACAACCUCCAAAACAGAACAACGAAAUAGAUUGCAAUCCGGAGCCGAAGUCCGCAUCGGAAAUUUCACUGACAACGGAACUUGCAACGCAGCCAAUCACCGAAAAGGAAGCAACGGGGAAGAAACGCUCACGAACAGGACGACCUCUCAACCCAGAUGCAAAGUGGCCUGCUGCUACGCGAGACGACCAGACUAACGGAGCAAUCACCGUCUUCAAGAUUGUUCAAACUCUGGGACAAAUAUCUGGUCGCCAAGCCGACGAGAUGCCGGCGAAACCGACUAGUGCAGUAUCCAGAAAGCGGAGGCCCAAGCAAAGGCACUCGGCUCCGGGAGAGCUGGAAAUCGUCCUCUCGACUUGCCCUCCUCCGACAAGUACCUCGGCAGCAUCCGAGCAGAUCACGUUGUCGCUGCCCGAGCUCCUUCCAAGCACAACCGUUGAGCCGGCCGUUGCACAAACCGCGGCUCUUCCCAACGACCGGACCGAACUGGUUAUGCCGCUUGCGGACAUCUCUACAAAUAUAUUGCCCAACCUUGCGAUAACACCCCGACCAUUGGCAGGUCCUGAUAAGUACUCGAUUCUGUCAGCUGUCAAGGCGAACCCACGGCGAAGACAGUCAAAGAAGAUUUUCGAAGGUGGUAGCAGCGGCCCUGGAGGGCCUCUAUGGACUGAGGUGCAGACCAAACAACAGCAACAGCAACAGCGGAAACAGGCCAACGCUCGGGGACGAUCCAAGUCAAUGGGUGUUCAGGCAUCUUUAGACCCGCCCAUAGCAGCAGCAACGCCAAGUCCCAACGCAAGUCCUGUCGACACAGCGUGGUCUGGUACGGACCGAAUUGCUCAACAGCUCAUGAUGGACCUCAGUGGCUCGUCGUUUCCAGCGUACUCGGCACGAGAGCCUCCGAUCAACUGUUCCAGCCCAGCACCUCUGCCAUUACGAGAGACCAUGCAGCUGCCUCUCCCGACAGGUCACCGCCAAUCACUGCCAGUGGACAACUCUCAGGCGCCAACGAUGCGAUCAUCUUCGAACCCUACAGUGUUACCGCCCAUUCGAAAGAUAUUUCCAGAACUGCAGCCACGGUGGCCGCCCGAGAAUACCUUUUUCUUCCAGGACCCGCUCGGCAGCCGUUACUCGUACCCGCCCCAGCGGCCACAGCAAGAGUGGAGCUGUACCGAUCAGCUUGUGCGAGAAGCCGAUGAACAGCUGAAGGCAGUGGUCAUUCAUAGACAGCAACAAUGA